AUGGUCACACUGUUUGCACAACUGAGGUGUGCCAACAUGACUAGUAGAAUACGGAAGCUUGCUUUAGAAAGCAGUAUCGAAGAGUCCAGAAUCCAGAUUUGGUUUCAGAAUCGGACAGCUAGACAUCUAUUCCAGAAAAGAUUAAAACCUAACGAUGCAUUAAAACCCAGCCAAGAACACAGGCAAGAUAACCCGGAAGAAAGAAGUCAAGUCAGACGCUGUUGUACCUACUAUAACACAUCUCAAUUAUGCACCUUGAUGAAGGCGUUUAAGAACAACCCUGAUCCUGGGAUUGACUGUAGAGAACAACUUGCUAAAGAAACUGGGGUUCCAGAAUCAAGAAUCCAAGUUUGGUUUCAAAAUCGAAGAUCUAGAUUACUUGUCCAGAUUAAAGAAGAUCCUGGUGAAAACACAGACAGUGAGAAUGAGAAACAAGAGAGCCGAGAUGACAAAACACAGUAUUGA